AUGCUAUUCUCAAUUGACACUCUCAAAGCAUAUGCGCAGUCAAAAGGUCUCCCAGAGAUAGAAGAUGAAGACAUGAAAAUACUUGCACAGGAUCUAGAGUACAGACUGAAAGAAUUGGCGCAAGAGUCAUCUAAAUUCAUGGUAGCAUCCAAGCGGUCUAAGCUUUCCAUUGAAGAUGUAAACUAUGCGCUGCUUUCCAAAGAGGUAGACCCUCUCUUGGGCUACAACACAAGCAACUCUCUGAUGUUUAAAACCAUCCCAGGAUCAAAUCUCUACUACGUGCCAGACGAAGAGCUGGACUUGGAAACGGUUUUAAACUCUCCUCUUCCCAAAAUGCCGCAUAAACCCGUGAUAUCAAAGCACUGGCUGGCCAUAGAAGGCGUGCAGCCGCAAAUACCGCAGAAUCCGCUGCCCAUGGAGAGAAUGCCUGAAACAAAAAAAGAAGACACAUUGGCAGCGAUGAAAGAAGAUGUAGAGAUAAGAAACCACAUGAAGCAUCUUCUGUCAAAAGAGCUGCAGCUCUACUACGAGAAGAUAGUCCAGUUCAUUAAAGACAAAGAAACAGUGAGCAUGGCAUCAGAGUGUCUGAAGAACGAAAGCGGAAUACAGCAGCUGAUUCCAUACUUUGUCCAUUUUUUCAACGAAGAAAUACUGAAGAACCUCAGAAACGGCGAGUAUUUAAUAGACAUAAUAACAGUGUACGAGAGCCUGAUAAUGAACAAAAUGAUAUUCAUAGAGCCGUACAUGCACCAGAUGCUCCCGUCUCUUCUCACCUGUAUAGUGGGGAAGAGCAUAGGAAUGGACUCCCGAAACAAAGAAGAAACGAAAAAAAACGAAAUUACAAAUAAGCCGGGAAUAGUGGCUAGACAGAGGGCGUCAGCAACUAUUAAGUAUAUAUACGACACUUACUCGCUUUCUUACACCACGCUUGCCCCAAGAGUCCUGAACACGCUGCUUAAAACGUGGGCAGAUACGAGUAAGACACCAGAGUCGCACUAUGGAGCAAUCUACUGUCUGUGCAACCUCGGAGAGAAGGUGAUAAAUGGAGUUGUAGUGCAGUUCAAGAAAGAGUACCUGGAGAAGACAGAUCCUGAGGCGUAUGCUCUCCCUAUUAAAGUUCUUCUGCAGUACACCGAGCCAUAA